AUGGCACCUGCUAGUUUUGCUGAUCCAAGUGCCCAGGCUGAACCGACACUCGUCUUGCAUCUUGGGAGCCUCUUGCGACGCGCUCAAGUCAACAGAAUGAGACCGGCACCACCAUAUUCACUGUUGCUAACAGGCUCAGGCCCUUCAUCUCCGACCACGACCUACUUUCCUCUACGGUACAUCCACCCGCCACGCUCAUGCCGCUCCAACCUCAUCAUCGGUCUGACAUGUAUGACCCUCGUCUCCCUGUGGACACUUGCUACCAUCUUGGUGUUCGACCCUCCACGAUCCCUCGAUAACCUUCACCCAUCAUGGUGGCCCGAAGCAUCGUCUGUACCGGCCAGCGUGGAUCAGGCCGAGAUGCUCAAAAUGAUGGUGGAACAAACAGAUGGUUACUACACGCGUGACUGGAGUCUCUGGUUAGGAUGGAAUAACAUCCGCUACAUUCUCGAAACCUCCAUACUGCAAGCCAGCCUGCUCAACCGCACGCUCAUCGUCCCCUCCCACGUCUACAUGCGAUCAUGCGAGUACCCUCAAGCGGCAUGCGCUGCCUUUGCACCCCAAGUGAACCGGGGUGACGCUGUUGGUAUAGACGAGUGGCGAGGCCUGCCCCAAGAAGAGCAGCAGGCGUGGGUGCUUCCCAUAGAGCGCAUGGUGGACAUAGAUCGGCUGCGAGGUGCUGGAUGGAGCGUCGUCACCGGUGUCGAGUUCAACUCCUUAGAAGGCCUGGAUCAAUGGGAGAUGGGGAACGGCACGUUCCCUCGGGAACUGCCGUUUCCAAAGGACAUCAAUGCUCAUGCACCGCUGACGAUAUAUCACAUUCCGAAUGAAGCAUACGAACCGAACAACACGAUACGCAUUGACCAACCGCUACCGCCUUCACCCAUCCCGCCCAAAGGCUCUUUUCCUAUCAUCCAGCAGACGCUUGCAGCUCUGCAGCCAUUACUCGAGUCGCUUCGAUCUGGACUGCCGGUAGCGUGGCGCGAAGCGGCUGCAUAUGUCAAGCGCGACCUUGGGUACGGUAUCGAGGACGACGACGUGGAAAUGGCGAUUCGCUGGGCGGGAUUUGCUCGUAUCUGGAGCCUCGGCCUACUGUGGGAUAUGACGAAGACCGUCUCGACACCUUCUUCCCAUUUGAUUGAUCCGAGUGCUGCUCAGUCAUGGACGAUGCAAUUUGCAGGACUCGAGGAACGCAUCGUCCAUUUGGAAGGGGAGAUGCACAUGGGCCACCCACCCGGCGGCUUGUAUUUUACCACGGCGCAAGCGGCGAAUGAUUAUGCAACAAUGGUUGUCAGCGACGUGCGCCAUGUCAGAGAAGUUGAGCUGCUGGGCGAGAGACUGGCAGAGAAGAUGUACGAGCGUGUAGGGGGCAGAAUGUGGUCUGCGGCGCAUAUGCGGAGAGGCGACUUUAUUCGCUAUGUCUGGGCCACUGGACAGUCGCUGAGAUCUCACCUGCUCCGGGUCGUGUACGAGAUGGACCAUGGAAGGGAACUGCUAAGCAGAAUCCAGCUAGAAACUCCCCCGAGAAGACCUCGGAUUGCAGGUUUUCCCCUGGACGAGACUAUUUGGGCACGUGAACCGCCCGCGCUGGACGAUCCGUACUAUGUAGCCACCGAUGAAAGGAAAGCCUCUUCCCUCACGCUGAUCCACGAGAACCGAGGCGUGGUGCUGGCGGACUUGCUUACAGAACUCGACAGGGAGGAGCUCGUGGGCUGGCCACUGCUGUUCACCGACGUUCUUUCCCAGGUAGAGCAAGAAAUGAUGGCUCGAGCACCGUAUUUUUUCGGAAGCAGGAUGAGCAGCGUCAGUGGAGGGGUGCUUAAUAUGCGCGUGGCGCAUGGGAGGGAUCCGCGCACGGGUUUCGUGGGAUGA